AUGACCUCUAGCCUCCUGGAGACAGGAAGUACACCCCUUAUCAGAAACACUGCGGCUCAGCAGCUUGCGGAUGUCCAGAAACAACAUCCAGAUGAACUGUUCAAUCUGCUGGGUCGAAUCUUGCCAUAUCUGCGGUCGAGGUCAUGGGACACCAGGACUGCAGCUGCGAAGGCAAUCGGCGGUAUUGUCGGGUAUGCUGAACGUUUUGAUCCCAAUGCUGAUGAAGGCCUCAGUUCCGUAGAGGACGAGGUUGUUGGAGAUGAAGAUGUACCGUCAACUGUCAAGAAAGAAGAACACAGGGACGCAGCGGAGAACGCUGGUCCUGAAGACCUUCUCGACUUGGACUCCCUUGAUAUCAGCUCAAUCCUGAGGUUUGGGCACAAGCUCUUGGGUAGCGCGGGUAAGGAGUAUGAAUAUUCUUUUGCUGGAUUGGAUGCGGCCUCUCGGCUGCAGCACCAGAAAAGGACACUGUCGUCGCGCUUAGGUCUUGGGGGGGAGUAUAUGGAGGAGGAUUUAGUCAAUGAAGCUGAUUUCGCUUCUCAACCAUCGCGCAAGGGCUCUGAGGCUAAGCUCGAGAUUGCAAUCCCACCCCCCUCUCGCAAAGGUAGUACGUUCAGUAAUCCGUCCCAUUCCAUGGCUUCCCCACAUGACCCUAUGCAGGCGACUCCCACCAACGGAGAUGACCAAGGACUCAGCAAACGGCAACUGAACCAGCUGAAGAGAAAGAAUAAACAAAAUGCCAAAAUGGGAGCCAAUAAAAUCCGAGUCGUCGACCUGGCUGUCCGGAAGCAUCCUGAUGUCGUAGCUACACCUGUUACCGCUUCCACACCGCAUGCUAUCAAAAAGGAGGAAAAUGGCGAUGAGAGCAAUGGCGACAAGAAGAUGGAUUAUUUUUCGCUGGAAAGGACUGAACCAGACGAUGAUAGUAAAAUCGUCUCCGAAUUCAAGGGUCCCAUGGUGCCCGAGAAACCUCCAAUUCAAACUGACGCGGAAGAAGAGGGUUUGGAAUGGCCCUAUGACCGCAUGUGUGAGUUUCUGAUGGUUGAUCUGUUUGAUCCCAGCUGGGAAAUUCGCCACGGUGCAGCCAUGGGUCUGCGAGAAGUCAUCCGUGUCCAAGGAGCUGGAGCCGGGCGGGUUCGUGGUAAAGGGAGACGCCAUAACGACGCGCUCAACCAUCAGUGGCUAAAUGAUUUAGCCUGCAGACUUCUUUGUGUCUUCCUGCUAGAUCGUUUCGGUGACUAUAUUUCGGAUAAUGUAGUCGCCCCGAUCCGUGAAACUGUCGGCCAAACUCUGGCUGCUCUUCUAUUACAUUUACCCUCCAAGUCUUUGAUUUCUGUUUACCGCAUCCUGUACAAAAUGAUCAUGCAAAAUGAUCUCGGCCUCUCUAGUCCUAUAUGGGAAGUGUGCCAUGGCGGUAUGAUCGGACUAAAGUAUUUGGUCGCUGUCCGGAAUGACAUUCUUUUAAAAGAGCCUGAAAUCCUUGACGGAGUUAUCGCUGCUGUGAUGAAAGGAUUGGGAGAUCAUGACGACGAUGUCCGUGCUGUCAGUGCCGCUACAUUAGUUCCUAUCGCAGAGGAUUUCGUGAGGCUUCGACCGGGCUCGCUACACCCCCUGAUCAACAUUUUGUGGGAGUGUCUCUCUAACCUCCAAGAUGAUCUCAGUGCUAGCACAGGAUCUGUUAUGGAUCUGCUCGCCAAACUCUGCACGUUCCCAGAAGUCCUUGAAGCAAUGAAAACAAAUGCUGCCCACGACUCCGAAUCAUCCUUUGAAAACCUUGUGCCGAGACUCUUCCCAUUCUUACGACAUACCAUCACGAGUGUGCGAUCCGCAGUACUUCGAGCUUUACUCACGUUCUUAAAACUUGAUAUCGAAGGGCAAAACGCUUGGGCUGACGGGAAGGCAAUGAGACUUACCUUCCAAAACCUACUUGUUGAACAAAAUGAAGGCGUUCUUAAGCUGUCGCUCCAAGUUUGGUUUGAGCUGCUGCAAGCAUUGGAAGACCGUGGUCUGUUUGAUACUGAUGACGAACUCUUACCAUCUCUACAGCCGCUUAUCACGGUAACAAUGAGCCCUUUUGGCGUGCCACGAUACCCUAUCCCUAUGGAUAUUUCUCUUUUCAUUCGCCCAUCUGGGUUACCAUACACGUCCGCUGGCGCUGUUCCAAGGAAGUCGUCUCCCACCAGUACAGCCUCCGAACCACCUGCGAAGGGCCGAAGACGGAAGGCCGAGAAAAAGGAUAUGACAGCCAUUUUCACUCAUAAUGUCGAUGGCCACAUGUUGCAAGGUGACAUUGAUCUCGUCGGUGUCGAAACGGUUAUUAGGUCAAAGAUUUACGCUGCAACUGCUUUGGGUCGACUUUUGUCCACUUGGGAUAGCCAUGACCGUUCAAAUCUGUGGGAGACCAUUUUGCCUUCUCUUAAAUCUCCUGGCUCGACUUCGCAGCUAGUGGCCGCAAUGGUCGUCGUUGAGUAUGCGAAAAUCAGAGGCCCAGAAACCAAAUACACCUCUCUGCUAUCACAAUGGCUAAACUCGGUGAUUGAAAAUGAGAGGCCAUCGUGGUAUAGCGAUAUAGCCAGCUAUUUACAUAUUGCUCGUGCACAGUGUCAUUCCCUCCUCAAUGCCUUUAGAGACCAUGCUCACGUUUCACAAUUCUCCCUUCCCAUGCUGGCAGUCGUAGUCCAAGGAGAUCAAGACGCCGGUCCCAAUGCCUUUUCCAUUUUGGAUGCCGAAAAAGUUCUAGGGCCUGAUUUUGAAAGACUGAAAAAGAGCCUUUCCCCAGCACAGAGAAUGACCGCGCUUCAGGUGCUCAAUGAUUCACGAGCAAGUGCACUAACGGCUGUUGAAGAAGCUAAGGAAGUUAAAGAACAACGUGAUAUGCGAAUUAGAGCCGCAGCAGCAAGUGCGCUUGUCGCUCUUCAUGACAUUCCCAAGAAGCCAAGCCAGAUUAUCAAAGGGAUGAUGGACAGUGUCAAGAAGGAGGAAAACGUUGAAUUGCAGCAGAGAUCUGCGUCAGCUGUUGCAUCACUUGUGCAGUAUUAUACGAGUUCCUCCAAACGGGGCCCUGUGGAUAAGGUAAUUGGGAAUCUUGUCAAGUUCUGCUGUAUCGAUACUUCGGAGACACCUGAGUUCCAUCACAACGCAGGUUUGGAAACUGCAAUUCUAUCGCUUCUUAAGGAAGAGGAUAAGAAAGACCCCGUUGACGCUGCGAGAUUCGAAAAGGAGUCCCGGGAUGCUCGUAUCAUGCGACGAGGUGCCAAGGAAGCAUUGGAACAAUUGGCAAGUAGAUUUGGUGCGGAGUUAUUGGACAAGGUCCCUAACCUUGCAAGCUUGAUUGAAGAUCCCUUACGGAGUGCUCUUGCUGGUGAUCUUCCAUCCGAUAUCAAGGACCCUGACAAUGGAAUUGGUCAGGAAGUCGUUGAUGGAUUAUCGACGCUGCGAGCACUUGUCCCUAAAUUUCAUUCUGGCAUUUAUACCUGGAUUAUGAGCCUUAUGCCCAUCAUUGCAAAAUCUCUGCAGUGCAAACUGUCUGUCAUCCGAUAUGCAGCUGCUAAAUGCUUUGCAACUAUCUGCAGUGUUAUAACCGUUGAGGGUAUGACAAUGCUUGUGGAGAAGGUGCUGCCCAACAUCAACAAUGCGUUGGAUGUCCACUGUCGGCAGGGAGUCAUUGAGUGCAUCUAUCACUUGAUACAUGUCAUGGAAGAUAACAUUUUGCCUUACGUUAUUUUCCUUAUCGUCCCUGUUCUUGGACGAAUGAGCGAUUCUGACAACGAUGUAAGACUCCUUGCCACAACUGCCUUUGCAACACUGGUCAAACUUGUUCCUCUGGAAGCUGGGUUACCAGACCCACCGGGUUUAUCCGAGGAGCUCUUGAAAGGACGGGAUCGGGAGCGGCGAUUUAUGGCCCAAAUGCUCGAUGUCCGCAAGAUCGAACCCUUUCAGAUCCCUGUUGCGAUCAAGGCGGAGCUCCGUUCAUACCAGCAAGAGGGUGUUAACUGGCUCGCUUUCCUUAAUCGAUACCAUCUCCAUGGAAUCCUCUGCGAUGACAUGGGUCUUGCAGGAAAUAAAAACAGUAUGCUCCUUUUCUUGUCCGUGGCUAAGCAUAUAUGA